CGCGCCCGCAGCAGCCCAGCGGCACCGGGCCGAGCCCGGCCGAACCGGACCGAGCGGAGCUGCGCCAUGGGGCUGCUGGAGCGGCUGCGGAAGGAGUGGUUCAUCCUCGGCAUCGUGCUGGUCAUCGCUGUGGCGCGGCUGGAGCCCGGCGUCGGCGUCAAAGGCGGACCCUUGAAGCCAGAAAUUACCAUAACUUACAUUGCUGUUUCAGCUAUAUUCUUUAACAGUGGACUCUCCUUAAAAACUGAGGAGCUGACAAGUGCUUUGAUGCAUGUGAAACUACACCUUUUUGUCCAGAUUUUUACACUUGUGUUCUUCCCAACAGCAAUAUGGGUCUUUCUUCAGCUGUUAUCAAUCACACCUAUAAAUGAAUGGCUUUUAAAAGGCUUGCAGACAGUGGGCUGCAUGCCACCUCCUGUGUCUUCUGCUGUAAUUUUAACCAAAGCUGUUGGUGGGAAUGAGGCAGCUGCUAUAUUUAAUUCUGCUUUUGGAAGUUUUUUGGGCAUUGUUAUAACUCCACUUCUGCUUUUGCUUUUUCUUGGAUCAUCCUCCUCUGUGCCUUUUACAUCCAUAUUCUCGCAGCUGUUUAUGACUGUUGUAGUCCCUCUUAUUAUUGGACAGAUUGUCCGAAGAUACAUCAAGGACUGGCUUGAAAGGAAGAAGCCUCCAUUUGGUGCUAUCAGCAGCUGUGUGCUCCUGAUGAUCAUCUACACAACGUUCUGUGAUACUUUUGCCAAUCCAAAUAUUGACCUGGAUAAAUUUAGCUUGAUUAUAAUCGUGUUCAUAAUAUUUUCUGUUCAGAUGAGCUUCAUGUUUUUGACUUUCCUCUUCUCCACAAGGAAUAACUCUACUUUCACACCAGCAGACACAGUGGCUAUCGUUUUCUGUUCCACACACAAAUCCCUCACCCUGGGGAUUCCCAUGCUGAAGAUAGUAUUUGCAGGUUAUGAACACCUGUCCUUAAUUUCUGUCCCUUUGCUCAUCUAUCAUCCUGCUCAGAUCCUUCUCGGCAGUCUGUUGGUACCAACGAUAAAAUCCUGGAUGGUUUCCAGGCAAAAGGCCCUGAAAUUAACCAGGCAGCCCAAAGCACCCGUGAAGGUAUAACUGUGGAGAUGGCCUGUGUCACAGUGAAUGUAUAUAUGUACUAUACUGUACACACGGACAAUUGACACAGCUGGGUUUUGUGAAUGUUGCUUUAGUGCAUAUUUUAUUUUUUAUAUAUAUCUAUAUAUAUAUAUAUUAAAAGAUACCUGUUAAGUGCCUUACAGAUGCAUUUUUGGCAAAAGCAUUGUUUUCAGAAGCCACUUUGUUGGUUGCUGCAAGAGGUUGUACAGUAUUUUGGAGUCCUUUAGUUUAUUUUUCUAACCGAGUCGAUGAUCAUGACUGACAGCUGGUUCUUCCAUUGCCCCUGCUUUGAAGCCAGGGUGCACCAGCAGCAAGUCUCUGUUUUAAACUAGCCAAAAUGACCAGGAGCCUAUCCCACUGCUGGCUUACUAGCUCUUCUCUUGGGGAAGAGCUUUCUGAAGGUUUUUUUCUGAGAUUGACUUGAAUUUCUGUGUGACUCUGUUACACUCCCUAGUCAUAUGACUGUGACAUGCCUUUUUCUUCUGAGUUUGUGUAUACUCAGCAUGGGGCCAUCCAAUGGAUAGAAGCUGAAAAGCAUGAAUUAUUUGCAUUUGUUGACACAGUUGUCUAGACAUUCCUUCAAAGUUAAUGGUAUCUCAAAAAAAUUCUUUCAAUUCCAUUGUAUGAUAUUGUGCCAUUGUAUAUCUUAAAUGCCUCAUAAGCUUCUUCAAAAGAAAUGGUCUGGUGCUUGGGUUAUGAGUGAAGUAUUUGUGUUUACAGCUAGGAGAUCUUUUUAUCAUUUACCCCUGAAGAACAUGAAUUUUUGGUUUUCUUUUUUUCUUUUCCUUCCCCCUGUGCAAUGCACAGAGACCUGCACAGAGAAUUUAGGAUGCUGAAACAGAGCCUUUAUUGUAGUAAGACAAGCUAUGUUUUCUCUAUUGCUGCAUUGGUAAUGAAUAGUAGUUUAUGAGGACAAGAAAGUUGACAAUUUAUUUUUUUUUUGCUAAUUAAAAGGAUCCUUAUAGUAACCGAAACACUAUCUUAGCUCAUUUGACAAUCAAUCACAACUUUUUAAAAAACAAUAUUACUCUUUCUAAUAAACUUAGGUAAAAAAAGAAUACAAAAGACUGUUUCUAGGCAUUGAAGAGAGAUGAAUGCAGGCACAUAUUUAAACAUACAGCCAGCACUACAUCUUGUCUGGGAGAUGAAGAUUCAGAAACAUGCUCUAGUCCAGACUGGGGGGUGUGCCCAUCUGCAAAAAUUGUGCUGGCAAUUGUGCAUUAAAAUAUGAAGUAAGGAAAGGAAUAGGUCAAUGUGAGAUCGAUAUAAAUGCAGAGCUUCCGUGUGUGUAGUGGUUAACAUUGCAGCUAAAGGUGUGGCUGAGUGCAAACACCUCAAAGCAAGUCUGUAGCAAACAUAGGUUAUCAGAGCUCUGAUAAGGCUGUAAGCCUUUACACAAACUGAAGAUCUUCUAUGUGACAAUAGGCAUGUGAAAUUCAUAUCCUUUUGCCUUACUAAAAAAACAAAAUAAUGUGCUUGGUUUACCUAGUCUGUUACUUCCAGUCCUGUGAGCAACAGGAAAAAAGUAAUCUGGUACCAAUCCUCAGUGCUUUAUCUGAUGGCCACUCCCUGUUGCCACUUGUAUGAGAAACUGCGGGGAGCUGACAGCAUCACCCCGUUCAGAACUGGCACACCAAUAAAAGGACCAUGUGACAAAGUCAUGGGAGGUGGCACAUGAUGAAUUCUUUCCCUCCCUGGAAGGGGGAUCAAGCUCUCCCUGCUGAGUAGGCCAGAGGGCUGAGGGACACUGUGCGCUGCCCAUGUCCCCAGGGCUCUGCUCUCUUCCCACUGGGCAGUGGGCAGUGAGCUCACAGUUUGAUCAGCGCACCCCUAGAUAGCACAGGCAGAUCCACCAACAGGCCUGCUAGGAACUGGAGAGUUCCUGGGCCAAAUUCAAGGUUCCACUUCCUUAAGCAUUCUAAGUGGUAACUGGUUCCAUAUGGGAAAAAGUUCCUCUGGGUUUAAAAACCCCACUUGUAGCAGGGGACAGCAUCCAGACUCAGGACAGUUUCUUUAUGUUCUGCUUCUGUAAACCUGAAUUUCCAGAGAAUAUAAAGACUUAAUCCCAACCCACUGAAAUCAAUGACUCUUUCUGUUGGUUUUGAAUGUUGAGACAACAGGCCCAGAGGCAGUGUUCCCUUGUAUUUUAAAAUACAUAGCAGGAGUUCAAGCAGACAGUAGCUGACUGCGGUUGUGUCAACGCUAAAUAAUCAGAACGCUGCAAGUACCCUUACUGAGCUACCUCUGUGUACUGAAUCUCUGCCUUUCGGUACUUCCAACAACUUGCUUAGAUUCCAUUGAACACAUCUUUUGUUUUUUGGGUUUAUUUUUUUUCAACACUGAAGACUAUUUCAGACUGUUUUACAAUGUAGUUUUGUUAGUCUUUACAAAGUCCUUGUUGAUUGCUUUUGGGCAGCUUAAAUAUUGUGUAUGAGUGUUGGAGGUGUUGGUCUAAAGGGAAUAUCAAGCUAAACUGAAAUACAUAUUUUAAAUUCAUACUUAAUAAAACUGAAUUGUGCACAUCAAUUCUGUUAAGACUGUUAAGAUGUUUGUUUUAUGACUUGUUAUAUGUCUUUAAUAAACAGAAUUGUUUUGAAUUCAAUUUUGUUAAAAAGAAAACAAGAUAAAAUUAUUUAUCCUUUAGGUCACAUUUGUACCUCUGUUACAUGUUUUAUUCUUUUGUGGGUGAGCUUUUAAAUUUUUGCUUUUUCUUUUUUUUUAACAAAAGGCCAUUAACUGUCUGGAAAUACUUAAUGAACUUUGGGAAAGAAAGUCCUCAGAAUGCUGCUAAUUGUCAUCAAUUGAAAAUUAAUUCAUUGAACCUAAAUAGUUUUUCAGUAAAGGAUUAGAACAACUCUGAAUCUUUUCAACUUCUUGGCCUUAAAUAUAACUGAUAUUAAACAUAAUCAGGCAAAACUGAUGGCAAAUGAGAACUUUGGCCAUGUUACAACAUAAAGAUUUUCUUCAUCAUCAACACAUUCUAUUUCUGCAUCUUUAUAAUCCAGUGAUAGCAGAGGAAAAAAACCCACCCAAACAAUAAAACAGCACUUCAGAGGUCAGGGGCAAUGUUAGCACUUUGUGUUGAAUUACUGAAACAUUUUAUUUCCCUUUUUGUGCAUUUAAUUGAAAAGCUUUUGAUGAUUCCAGUAACUUAUCAAGAUAAACAAUUUUAAAUGUAGUUAAAAUCAAA